GUAAACAAAACAGCUGAUCAAGAGACGCCGGCGAAGGUGGUUGCAAAUCCUCUCGGGCGAAAAUCACAAAGAUGAAGUGCAUUUUUGCCCUUUCUAUGCUCUGCUUGGCAUCCGGGGCCGUCGUUAAAGCAGCUGAGGUGCUAAGGCCGAGAGGAGUGCCAUUAUCGAAAGCUUCUUUUUAUGACCCAACAAGAGACUUCAACUGCUUAGACGGUUCAGGAACAAUCCCUUUUGCAUAUGUUAAUGAUGACUACUGUGACUGUCAAGAUGGAAGUGAUGAACCUGGUACAUCAGCUUGUCCCAAUGGAUUCUUCCACUGCACAAAUGUUGGCCACUCGCCCCUCAACAUCCCAUCAUCCAGAGUGAAUGAUGGUGUUUGUGAUUGCUGUGAUGCAUCUGAUGAGUACGCCUCAGUCUCCAAUUGUGUUGACACUUGUCGAGAGCUUGGACGAGCAGCCCGGGAGGAAGCUGCCAAGCAACAAGAGGAGAGACUGAAAGGCUUCCAGAUGCGGCAGUCGAUGAUUGAAGAAGGCCGUAAACGAAAGAAGGAAGCUGAGAAGAAGUAUGAAAAAUACAAGUCUCAACUGCAUAAUGGGAAGAGUACCUUGGCAAAGGUUAAGAAUCAACUAGAGAAAAAGAAGGACAAGCUGCGAAGCGGGGAUAAAAUAGGUAGCACGAAGAAAAAGAAGUUCCUUGGGCAACCUCGAUCAAGGGGGAGGCUACAGUCCAAAAGAAAACAGCUGAAGAAAGACCUCCAGGUGAAAAUAGAUGAGCUCAAGAAAGAGAGAGAAGAAGCAGAAGCCGCACGGAAUGAGAAGGAGGAAAUCAAGAAACUUGUUGAGGAGCCUGAGAAGGAGGCCCUGGAGAAGUACAAUGCCAUUGAGCAGGAAAGAAAGGCCAAAGCAGAGGCAGAACAGAAGGCCAAGGAGGAUGCUGAAGCACGAGAGGCCUUCGCUCACUUGGACAAUGAUGGAGACGGAAUUUUGACUGUUGCUGAACUCCAGUCUCGGCAGACCUUUGAUACAAACAGGGAUGGAGAAGUGACUGCUGAGGAAGCCAAGUUCUACUUACGACAAGAGGAGACAAUGGACUUGGAGACCUUCCUGGUGUCCGGGUGGCCCAUGAUGCGACCCACAUACAAGAUGGACCAGAGGAUGUUUGUCCCUCCCACCACUGAGGCACCAGCAGAAGCACUAACCCCACCUCCUGUUCCUGGAUCUGAGGGCAAGGAUGAACAGCAAGGAGAGGAGGAUGAACAUUUCGAUGAUGAGGACUUUGACACUGGCCUGGACCCAGAGGAUGAAGGUGAUAUGGAAGAAGACGAUGGAAUUGAAGAUUAUGAUCUCCCUGAGGAUGAUGAUGUUGAAGAUAUACCAAAGGAGGAAGAGGAGGAAGAGAUUGACCAGAAGUAUGAUGAUGAAACACAAAAACUUGUUGAUGCUGCCAAUAAGGCCAGAGAAGACUUUGACGAGGCUGACAGGAGAGUGAGGGAUUUGACGAGGGAAUUGCGCUCACUAGAGGAGACACAAGAGAAAGAUUAUGGUCCUGAGGAGGAAUUUAGAGUUAUGGAUGGAAACUGUUACGAAUUCACAGACAGGGAAUAUACAUACCGUCUCUGUCCAUUCGAUAAGGCUGUACAAAAGCCCAAGGCCGGCCAUGGUGAAAUUCGACUUGGGCAAUGGGGUGAAUGGACAGGCCCAGAGGAGGAUAAAUAUAGCAGAAUGAAAUAUACCAGUGGACAAACUUGCUGGAACGGGCCUGCGAGAUCAGCAGAUGUCCACUUAUAUUGUGGUGUGGAAACCAAGUUGACGGGAGUAACAGAGCCAAACAGAUGCGAAUACCUCUUUGAGAUGACUACACCAGCUGUGUGUACUAAACCUGAAGAUGUUAGUGGUGAUGAGGGCACUCCACACGGCCACACAGAAUUGUAAAAUAUCAGUGCGUCUGGGGAAUUUAGAUUUAUUUUAUUACAUGGUUUACUCUUUUUUUUUUUCAUACAUGUAGCUCAAAUGUUUAAGUAAUCUUUAUUUCCCUUUUAAGCAUAAUCUAAGUUUUCAGGUUUUUAUAAACAAGAAUGUUAAUGAGCAUACGAGCUCAAGUGAGUAUGAAAAUUUUCAUAUUAGCUCAGGACCAGUGAUUUCUUUAACUUUUCACAUAUAUCUUUGGUUCAUCUGAAUCUUAACCAUUAAUUUUCUUUGUCGUGUUGUGACUGCCUCGCGCAGGAUGUGAUAUAUUGGUAUUAAUUUGUGAAAUUCCAUGGGUAAUUGGGCAAUUGUCUACACAUUAUUUUUGGGAAGAAACAUCAACUAAAUUUAUUUGGGAUGCAAAUUAUUGGAAAGAUCUUAUUAUCACAGCAUAAAGUAUUUGUAAUUGGUUAUUUGCUUAACAAAAUAAGACAUAAAAUUAAGCUCGUUUAUGUGAUCUAAAACUUUUCAACUGAACUAGGUUAUCCAUUCUCUAGCUUGUCGGAAAGAGUCACAUUCGGAGUGCUGGCCUGAAAUACAUGCCUUUUUUAAACAUAUGUCAAUAGAUGCGUAAAGAAUGAUGUCUGUGGCUGUGAUAUAUCGUCAGCAGAUUCUGUCCCAGUAGAAUAAAAGUUGAUUGUUUUUUGAAGCAUUACACUAAAGAAAAGAACAGAGGGGUGUCUCUGAGAUAAGACACUUUGGGCUUUGUAUGUUUCACUUGCAUUGAUGGAUGAAUUUCACAGCAUCAGUUCAGUGAUGGGAAGUUGAUGUUAUUGUUAAUUACACACACAAUUUACACUAAGCAUUCCUUUAACAACUUUUCCACCAAUUGGCACAUUAGUGAAGAAUGUUAAACAUAAUUGACCAGAAUAUAUUAAGGGUUAAUUUUGUGUAUUUAAAUCAAGAUAACUUGUACCAGUGAGACAGUACAAAUGAAUGGAAAUGCUUUAGGGUUUCUGGGAUAGGAGAAAAAUAAUUUCAAUGUCGGCUUUUCCUCCAAUAUCUUUUGUUUCUGACAUUUUGCCUGUUUAUGCUUUCUUCUUGUCUUUUCAAGGCACCUCUCUUUUCAUCUGUCAGUUCCUUCAAUUGCUUCAUACCUGUUUCCUUUUCAUUCCCCUAUUGUUAUAUUCUCAUGUGUUUUUUAUGAUCUCCUUUGCACUGUUCGAAGGAUUUGCUCAGAGCCUUAGAUUAACAAGGUGAAAAGUUUCACGUUGAGUCAGAAUGUAGGUUAAAAGGUUGAUAAUGUUCGGGCAAAAUUUGGAAAAUUGAAAAUUUGUUACUCUCUAAAUUGUUUCCAUUUCAUUUGUAAAAUAAAAAAAUUUUAAUCAUGAAUGUGUUAACAGUAUCACUGCAGUGAAGAGUCCUUGAUGAUAACUUUUUUCUAAUAUGAAUGGAGACCGGUUAUGUAAUCAGCCCAUAAUUGUUUGAGAGUCCAAGAUAAUGGGGCAACUGCGAUCUCAACAUUCCUCUCAGAAUAUUCUUGAUAUUUGUCAGUUGUGGUUAAUAAAAUUUUGUAAAGAC